AUUGUGAUAAAAAUUUACAUCCUCGCAUCGGAAGAAUAGGUUGCCAACAGUUAGCCUGGCAACAAUGGCGAAAAACACGCCUCCGUUGAACGACAUGAUGGCAAGCAUCAAGAGGUAUCCGAUUGCGGAGUUGGCUCCGAAAAGCACAGCCGAUGCGACUUUAGCGAGCUUGAAGCGGAGGGUUUUGGGGAGAAGAGGGGUGGCGGCGGAGAUGGGGUUGGUGGAGAUGAGGGAUUUGAAGCAGAUUCAACGAUCUUCCAUGGACUUAUCACUUACUUUCGAAAAAGUUGAGGGGCUUAACAUGGAUUUUUGCCUAAAAAAACAACCAGAGAGAGUACAGGUGGAGAGUAAAUCUGGAGUAGACUCAAUUGCAGCGGCAAGGAAGGGAGGAGUGGUGCUUAGUCUCCAAGACGUCGAGGCGGGAAGCCAAACCGGCGGUGGCCACCAGAUUUGGGAACCCAACGACCACCACGGUAGAUCCGCGACUCCUGAAUCAUCAGGAAAUCCAGAAUUCAGCACGGUCCGGUCGAUCCCUACUGCACUUUCCUGGCCAACCAUCCUUAUAAAUCCGGACACAGUUGCAUCCAGUUUUCCCUAUGGUAGCUUUCUUUUUGUUUACAAAAUGGAUUGGGAGAAGAAAAAGUGGGUCUUUGCUUCUUUCAAAAAAGCAGAGUACGCGAGUGAGUGCAUACUUUUCAUAUAUGAUGUUCCGGGCCAUAAUUACCGUAGGCUGGGUGCGUCCAUGGUGUCCACAGACGCUGAACCGGGUGAAAAAAGGGAAAUGAGGAAGGAGGAAGGAGGAGGGUGGAGAGUAGAGAGAAAAAUGAGAAAGGGAAAGAAUGAUGCCGCUGGUAUUGGUGUUGAUGUCGGUGCUGGAGAACAGGAAAAGGAACAAAAAUGGCAGAAAGGGAUGGGGAGUGAUUACCGACCCUCCCUCUCCUUGUAUUGGAACCAGAUCACAGCAAUGGCUUCUUUCAUCUCAUCUGUCACAACAAGGCUACAAGGAAAGGUUGCCUUGAUCACCGGAGGAGCCAGUGGGAUCGGCGAAUGCACCGCCAGACUCUUUGCCCAUCAUGGAGCCAAAGUUGUUGUCGCUGAUAUUCAAGACCAAUUAGGCCACUCUGUCUGUGAAUCCAUCGGCCAAUCAAACUCCACUUACGUCCACUGCGACGUUACCGACGAGUCUCAAAUCAAAAACUCCGUCGAUAAAGCUGUCGCCACCUAUGGCAAACUAGACAUAAUGUUCAACAACGCAGGCAUAGCCGACGAAAACAAGCCGCGCAUAAUCGACAAUGAAAAAUCCGAUUUCGAGCGCGUCCUUAGCGUGAACGUGACCGGAGUCUUCCUGGGGAUCAAGCAUGCGGCUAGAGUCAUGGUCCCCGCUCGUAGUGGCUGCAUCAUCUCCACCGCCAGCAUAAGUUCAGCCAUUGGUGCUGCAGCCUCCCAUGCUUAUACUGCUUCAAAGCAUGCUGUGCUAGGACUCACAAGAAAUGCUGCGGUUGAGCUAGGACAAUUCGGGAUCAGAGUUAAUUGCUUGGCUCCCAACGCCUGCUCAACACCUUUAGCUAAGAAAUUUGUUGGGGUUGACGAUGAGGAACUCGAGAAGACAAUGAAUUUGCUUGCUAAUCUUAAGGGUGUGACACUUAAGACAGAAGAUAUUGCUAAUGCAGCACUUUUUUUGGCUAGUGAGGAGGCAAGGUACGUGAGCGGUCACAACCUCUUCAUAGAUGGAGGUUUCAGUAUUUAUAAUCGAUCGUUUCACAUGUUUCAAUACCCAGAUGAUUCUUAAGCAUCAUUUGAAAGAGAUAGAUGGUCAUUCCUCUUUUCUUUCUGGAAUCUAUCUUCACCUAUCUCAAUAUCUGAAUUUUAAACUUUAUCAAAUAUAUAUGUAUAUCUGAAUUUUAAAUCUCCAGUCUGGAAAACAGGAGUUGACUUCUAUUGUGUAAGGCAUAAGUUCAACAAAUUGGUGCUUGUUUU